UUGAGAUUCAUCUUUACGAUCUUCUUCAUCUAGGCACUAUCCUGGUCGUUUGCUGGUUUUCAUAAAACCGAACAGUUGCGUAUGGUUCAUCGCACCCUUGUACAUUACAUGCAGCAGCCCAUGGAAACUGUGUUCCCCAAAACAAAGGGCCCUAAGUGUUCCAAAGAGGAAAAAAAGUUACUUCAGAAAGCUGCGGCUCGUUCAAGAAAGCAAGAGAGGAAACGUUCUCUUGAAGACUUUUUGCACUAUGAAAGCAUAGACAUAAGCGACUAUUACUUCGAAAAUGGUCUGCGGAAGGUAAAGUUUAUUCGAUCCUUUUGGGUCUACUCCUUUUUAGGUUUUUCCGUAUCAUUUUAUGUUCAAGGCUUACGUAAAACGUCGGUGGAUUGACCGCUCCAUCCACGAGGUCCUUUUGGAUGAAUUCAAUUUCCCUUUUCCAGAUAUCAUAGUGAGUAUUAUUUGUAAUGUUCCGGCCAUUUAGAGAAGCAUGCAAGAUGCGAUUCUGGUGACCUGCGGGUAAAUGAUGAGCGCAUUUCACCAGACUAUUUGCUCCGCGAUUCUGAUAUGAUAUCACAUAAGGUGCAUCGACAUGAAAUGCCUGUAUUGGGUUGGUCGAACCAACUGUUCUAAUGCUUAUACCACGCACUGACCAGAUUCGCCAAUUGAUUUUAUUCACGAGGAUGAUGACUUACUGGUAAUAAACAAACCAGCGUCUAUUCCUGUCCAUCCGUGCGGUCAGUACACCCUCAACAGUCUAACGCACAUCCUGGCGAAGCAAUAUGACCGUCGACCUUUGAGGUUUACUCAUCGAUUAGACAGGAUGACCUCGGGAUUGAUGAUCGUCGCGAAAAACUAUGACGCUUCGUUGCGACUUGCCACAGAAAUUGGUGCACGAGAAGUGAAAAAGUAUUACAUUUGUCGAGCAGAUGGUCACUUUCCGGAUGAGGUGGAGGAUACUCCCAAUACGUUACCGCAAGGAGUAAUUGCCUGCACCCAGCCCCUGGGACCUAUCUGCUCUAAGAUGGGCUUGCACGCUGUGGUGCCCGAGUCGAGCGGCGGCAAACCGGCCUGUACACAUUUCAAGAGGUUGCUCUACGAUUCAAACACCAACACGAGUCUGGUGGUCUGCCGUCUAUUCACUGGACGGACCCACCAAAUACGGAUCCAUCUGCAAUAUUUGGGCUACCCCAUAACCGACGACCCGCUCUAUAACUCUUCUGACUGGGGAGAUAAGAAAGGAAAGGGUGCCCAGUAUGGUAUACCAGUAGAUGAAGUCAUUCGAAAGAUAUCCACUCAUCGAAGCAAAGAUUCAUACUUGGAUUUCGUGCACGGCACCGAAUCCAACAUUUCCGGCUUUGACAAAUUCCGCGACCAUCUUAAUAGUACCCGUUCGGCUCUUGACAAGGAGGUUCGGGAUCGCCUCUUGCAGUCCUUCGACUCCACUUGUCCGGAGUGCAACCGGUUCUACAAAGAUCCCGAUAUGAAAAGUUUGGUCUUACAAUUACACGCCUACCGUUAUGAAGGUGCAGAAUGGAGUUACACGGCUUCUUUACCCUCCUGGGCGACUCGUCUGGCUUCGCAUACGAGUGAUUUUCCCGCUUUGAUUCAGUCGUGUAUUUCUGCACUUGGUUAACUUCUUUGUUGAUCACUCGGUAGAACCCUGUACAGUUGUCCUUUUUUUGAUCCCAAACAUACUCUCGC